AUGAGAACAAACACUGAGCCUAGUCUGGGUUCCACAAACAACGCUGACGCCGAUAGGCGCAUGGUCACUGAGCCAUGCAGUCUUUUUAAUGGCGUCGCUGGUCGUGCGAAGUCUCCCCCUCGUCUCAAUCCCAUUUCGCCCCACCCCGUUGCCAUAUGCCUCGAUUCAGUGAUAGGAAUCGGCCACCUGCCACCUGAGAUUUGA